UCUGCGCAUGUCAUUGAAGCGCUGAAAGAGUCUCGGUCGACACAGACGAAGCAUCAGACAGUUGACGACGCCGGCACAGCCCGCUUGCCUUGGAAUUAGUUCUGAAACCUGCAGACCAGAUUGGAAAUCCAAAAUGGAUGUCAGUUUCUUCUUGGGCAUUGUGGCGUGCACGGUUCUGAGCUUAGUUUCGUUUGUUUGCGGAGACUACACAAUGGGGCCAAUGAACUUGUCGUGGACAGAGGCCAAGGACUACUGCAAGGCGAGGAGCGCCGUAAUGUACAUGCAGACCGAGGUGGGGCAAUGGGACGAUCUCAACAGAAGCUUAGAACAACAGAACCUGGCGCUUAAAAAUGACAGUUAUUUUUGGGUUGGAUUGAGCAGGGCGUCUGGCAACGCUGCGUUUGAGUGGGUUGAUAACUCCGUGUUCGAAUCCGACAACUGGAUGCCGAAUGAACCCAACAAUGCGACGGGAUACAACUGUGUGAAGGCCAGCUCACUGAACGCCAACUGGAUGACAACCAUGUGUGGCGCUCUGCAUGUAGUGGUGUGCCAGGCCGACCCUCAGCCCGCUGCUCCAUGGUCAACUCCGAAACCACGACCUCAAGCAAAGCGUGACAGCAAUGCCGUCAUGUGGGAAGGUCUCUUAAAGGGGUUCGCCUGUGCUGGUGGCCUGAUCCUAGUUGUGGCGAUACUGAUGCACUUGCCUUGCUGCAGAAGCUGGGUGAACAAGAAAGAGUCGGAAGUCUUCAAGUGGCAGAACGAAAUGAAAGGCCGGAACCGACCGAACACAGAACCAGUGACUGUGAUUGGUCCGCAAUACUAAACAUUCCGAACCACUCGUACUAUUCCGACACCUGCUUUUGUCACGGAAAUGCACGAGAGUAUUUUUUCUAGGUUGCUUUCGGCCAUUAUCGACAUUAUCGAUGUUACAUCCUGGAUAAGUAUCAUUUUGUUGAAAACUUUUCUUUUGAAGAUUGUAUAAUUAAACAUACGCUGACACUUGCCAAUCGGUGCGUUCAAUAUUGUACUGUUCGUGUGAAGCCACGACACGUAAAGGCGGAAGUUCACGAGUGUUGACGAAUGUACAUUAGCAGAUAUCGACAAUGAUCACGACAUUCGUAACUACUCGCCUCUUUCCGUGACCUACAAGAAGACUCAUGCCUGUAUGGUACCCCAUUAUUGCCAAG